UCAUGUACAGCAUCAUUUAUUUUCACAGUAUACAUAUUUGUAAAGAUCAUGUGUUGUUUUUGAAUAGGUCAAAAGUUAUCGCUCCAUGUAGAUGAGUUUAAAAUGGACGAACCCCCGCGAAGAACCAGUUUCUUCAUUCUUCGUCUCGAUAAUAAUUAGUAGUCAUUAAAAACUUGUACGGUCGGAUAUAUCUACGCGGUGCUGAUUUUACUGGCAACUUGUUCGCCACCUGUUGCUUUAAACAGUAUAAAUAUUACGCAUUAUAAUUAUACGUAUUCGAACCACGUGCAUUGCGUCGGAGAGGCAGUAAAAAAGAUACUAUGCAAUACAUUGUUUUGAUUAUUGGCGGUGGUGGUAGAGAACAUGCUAUUUCUGGGAUCGCAUCAGUUGACAAGGUUUCUUUAGUCGAAUUAAAUGUAAAGAAUUAUAAGGAAGUGGCAAAUUGGAGUAAAGAAAAUAAAGUAAAUUUAGUAGUCGUUGGCCCGGAAGAAUAUUUGGCAAAUGGAUUGGCAGAUGAACUGAAAAAUGUGGAAAUCAAUUGCUUCGGUCCAGAAAAAGCUGCAUCCAGGAUUGAAGCGGAUAAACAUUGGGCAAAAGAAUUUAUGGACAGACAUCAGAUUCCUACUGCUAGAUGGAAGGGAUUUGUAAAUGCAGAAGAAGCAAAGAAAUUUGUUAUGAAUGCACCAUUUCCAGCACUUGUGAUAAAAGCUUCUGGUUUGGCAGCUGGAAAAGGUGUUAUAGUGGCGAAAAAUAAACAAGAAGCAUGCAAGGCUAUUGAUGAAAUUUUAACAGAGAAAAAAUUUGGAUCUGCUGGAGAAUCAGUAGUUGUUGAAGAAUUAUUGGAAGGAGAAGAAGUUUCUGUGCUUACAUUCACAGAUGGUAAAACAAUUGUACCAAUGACACCUGCACAAGAUCAUAAAAGAAUAUACAAUGGAGACACAGGACCAAAUACUGGUGGGAUGGGUGCUUAUUGCCCAUGUCCAUUAUUGAGUGAAACAGAUUAUGAAGUAGUGAGAUCAAAGAUUCUACAGAAGACGGUCGAUGGCCUUAGACAAGAGCAAAUUCCAUUUGUCGGCGUACUGUAUGCUGGUUUAAUGUUAACAAAGGACGGGCUUAAAGUUCUAGAAUUUAACUGUAGAUUUGGAGAUCCUGAAACGCAAGUAGUAUUGCCACUGUUGAAAUCAGACUUGUUUGAUAUCAUGAAGGCUUGUUGCGAGGGUUCUUUAGAUGAAUCUCUAGUCUUGUGGGAACAAAAUUUAUACGCUGUUGGUGUUAUUUUGGCAUCUCGUGGUUACCCAGCAUCAUCCUCAAAGGGCCAAGUUAUAACAGGCGUGCAAGAUAUUCUGCAUAAGCCAAAUCACUUUGUUUUUCAUAGCGGGACAAGCAUUUCUCCUGACGGAAAAUUGUUAACCAACGGAGGAAGAGUUUUAAUUACAGUGAGUUUAGCACCCUCGUUGGCUUUAGCUGCUGCUAAAGCAACAAACGCUGCUCAAAGGAUAUCCUUUGAAGGAAAACAGCAUAGAACAGACAUAGCACACAAAGGAAUAGCGAGAUCUAUACUACAAAAUGGUCAGUUAACAUAUAAGAGCAGCGGUGUAGAUAUAGAAGCUGGAGAUUCUUUAGUAUCAAAUAUUAAAUCAAUGACUUCUUCAACAAAACGUGCGGGUGUAAUGGGUUCAAUUGGUAGCUUUGGUGGUUUGUUUGAUAUAAAAGCUGCCAAUUAUAAAGAUCCAGUUUUAGUAUCCGGAACUGAUGGUGUUGGAACUAAGUUAAAGGUAGCAUUCGAAUGUAAGAAACAUGAUACAGUGGGUAUAGAUUUAGUAGCUAUGUGCGUAAACGAUGUUCUCGCGCAUGGCGCGGAACCAUUAUUUUUCCUCGAUUAUUUUGCUUGUGGUAAAUUAGACAUUAAUGUAGCCAAGGAUGUUAUAAGUGGAGUGAAUGAAGGAUGUAAAAGAGCUGGAUGUUCACUAAUCGGAGGAGAAACAGCAGAGAUGCCUGACAUGUAUUCCAAUGGAGAAUAUGAUUUAGCAGGUUUCGCUGUGGGUGCAGUUGAAAGAAACAAUUUACUUCCACGCGUGGAUGAUGUAAAGGAAGGCGAUAUCAUAAUCGGUCUUCCAUCAAGUGGCGUUCACAGUAAUGGAUUUAGUUUAGUUCGAAAAAUAUUAAAAUUAGCAGAUAAAAAAUAUUCGGACAUUGCACCUUUUUCAGAAAAUAAUCGCACAAUCGGUGACGAAUUGUUGGAACCAACGAAAAUUUAUGUAAAAGCUGUAAUUUCUGCUUUACGAACGAAUUUAGUAAAGGCAUUUGCACACAUUACUGGAGGAGGUCUUACAGAAAAUAUACCGAGAAUUUUGCCGAAAAAUAUGGGAGUGGCAUUGGAUGCGACAACGUGGAAAAUUCAGCCAAUUUUUAGUUGGUUAGCGGCUACAGGUGAAAUUAAUAAAGAGGAAAUGUUAAGAACGUUUAAUUGUGGCAUUGGCGCUAUUCUUAUUUGCUCGGAGAAAAAUAAGAACGACGUUUUAGCUAAAUUACAAACUGAGAAUCCUGUGGUCAUUGGACAUGUGACUAGUUAUAUGGAUCAUCAACUUAGAGUAAACGUUAAAAACUUUGAAGAAGCGUUCGAAGUAGGAAUGAAACGAUACAUACCGUAUAUUGUUACAAAGUUAAGCAAGCCUUUGAAGCGAGUGGGUGUUUUAAUAUCUGGUAGCGGGACCAAUUUGCAGUCGUUAAUUGAUGCAACAAGAGAUCCCUCGCAACAUAUUGGUGCAGAAAUUGUUUUAGUAAUAUCUAACAAACCAAACGUUGAAGGACUUAAGCGAGCCGAGAGUGCUGGAAUCAAGACAGUGGUGAUCAAACAUAACGACUAUUCCACUAGAGAAGCAUUUGAUGCAGCAAUGAAUGUUGAACUCGAUGCUGCUGAAGUUGAAAUAGUUUGUCUCGCUGGUUUCAUGCGUAUUUUGUCGCAUACUUUUGUAAAUCGAUGGCAUGGCGCUUUAUUAAAUAUACACCCUUCGUUAUUACCAUCUUUCAAAGGUGCUCAUGCACAUAAAGAUGCCUUAGCAGCUGGAGUUCGAAUUUCAGGAUGUACAGUGCACUUCGUAGAGGCUGACAUAGAUGCCGGAGCAAUUAUCGAACAAGCAACUGUACCUGUUUUCCCAGAUGACACCGUAGAAACUCUUCAAGAGAGAGUGAAAACGGUCGAGCAUCGUAUUUUUCCACUCGCUUUAAAACAUUUAGCUACCGGAAGAAUACAUUUAAAAGAAGAUAAUUCUAUCACAUGGAAUUAUUAAGUUGAAUAAGUGGUAAAAUUGUUUGAUGUAUCAUAUAUUUUCUAAGUCUAUUUUCAUACGUGUUAGAUCUAUCACAGAAUAGAUAUAAACAAUGAUUACAUUGGAAAA